GAAGCAGAAGACGGAUGUAUGUGAUGUACAUAUCAUGAACGCAGGUAUGACGGAGGGCACACAGUACGCCAGUGUAAACCCAACUUUGGGAUGGAUACGUUGAGCUGUUUGGUCUAAAAUACCGCCCUGGUACUCGGUUGGAAACUGGCUUGACCGUCCGCGCGUUGAGCCCUCUGCCAUGGGGACACUGUGGUCUCGCAGCGGCAGCAGCCUGUCGCUCCUCCCGGAGAGGCAGCGCUCCGAGCGGCAAGAGGAGGAUUCGGACAACGCCUCUCUGGACGGGCUCGUCCGACCGGAGGACAUAGCUCAGUUCCCCUACGUGGAGUUCACCGGUAGGGACAGCAUAACGUGUCCAACGUGCCAAGGCACCGGACGGAUACCCUCAGAUCAAGUGAAUGAACUGGUCGCAUUGAUCCCGUACAGCGACCAAAGGCUGCGGCCCCAAAGAACGAAGCUGUACGUGGUCCUGUCGGUGGUGUUGUGCCUCCUUGCGUCCUCGCUCGUGGCCUUCUUCCUCUUCCCUCGCUCCGUGGUUGUGGUGGACGAUGGGAUACACUCGGUGACCGUGCUCCUCAACCCCUCUGGCAUGAACGUCCUCAUGAACAUGACGAGCACUCUGAACCUCAGCAACCCAAACUUCUUCUCGGUGCUGGUGCAGAGCGUGAGCUGCCAGGUCCUUUACAUGAAGACGGUGAUCGGAACACAGCAGCUAGACAGUGUCACCACCAUCCUGCCGCUCGGUUACAGUCAGGUGAACUACACCGUCAGCGUGGAGAUCGGUAGCAGCGCACCCUACGUCUACGCUUUCUGCUCCAUGCCCAGCAUUAAGGUCCACAACAUUGUCGUAUAUAUGCAAACCACGGUGAAAACCUCGUACAUGGUGCGAACGUCCCAGAACAGCCUGGAGGCCUACCGCUACAUAGACUGCGGCUCCAACACCACGCGCUACCGGGCGGCCAGGCAGCACCGCUCGCCGCCAGCGCCGCCGCCUCUCCUGCUGUGAGUGGACGGAUCACUUCUCCGUCACCAGCGGGCAAAAUACCAAAUGGUGCUUUCUGUUGAGCUCACUCCGACACAGGGAACCUAAAUGUUAACUUGUGCCAUUGAAUGAUGAAGUUUUAAACUACACAUUGGUUUUCAGCGGACAUCCCAGAAUGCAACAGAUAUAGGGGUUUGUCGUGGUUGUUGUUAGGCUUAUAUUUUUCUUGCCACUUGUUUUAGGUGCAUUACUGGGGCUGAUUGUCUGAACUCACCAUGUCUACAAUACCAGUUUAGUUAACGGCUCAUUGAGCUGUUUUAGACCUGCUGAAUGUUCCACUGGGGAGAAUUUGUCCCGAGUCAUUGCAAACGUAUUGCAACAGUCUCAGACAGUCCUGCUGCCUUUUCUUUAAAAAAUGCGAAGACUGCUGAUAUUUUUUUUUUUUUUUUUUUUUUUCUGUUUUUGGAUGCGAUGCAAAGAAGGGAUAAUUUAAUGGCCGAUUAAAAAAAAAAAAAAAAAAUUUUUUUUUUUUUUUUGGCACCUAAAAACUCGGGACACAUUCUUAAACCUAUUGCUUUUACGGUGUUAUUUAACAACGACAUUCAACUUAUCCCGGAUGUUUUUAAAUGCUAUUAAAAGUGCUUUCACAGCAGGUCUAAGCACACUGCUUUUAGAUUUGGGGUGUACGCCCAUAUUCGUGUCAUAGAGGGGGAAACUGCUCCAGGAAGUACGUUUAUUACACAUCUUGGUGGUGGAUUUAACAUCACAAAGUAUUCUGCUACAGUGGCUGUGUCAUAACAGUGUCAAAGCAAUUGUGAUUACAUUUUUUUUAAAGGGACGGUUAUUUGUAAAUUUGUGACUGAGAAUUUUUACCAGGGUUUUUAAAAGAAUACAGUUUAUAUUGUCAUGCAAUUAAAGGGACCGUGUGAAUAAAUAAAACUAAUGAUGAACUCCAA